AUGGCUUACAUAGGCUUACUUGAAAUCUUAAUAGCUUUCCUUGUGUUUAUCUUCUUCCAUUUCUUGAUCCACAAGAAACCCCAUCAAAACUUACCUAGAAACUGGCCUGUUCUUGGGAUGCUUCCCGGUGUGCUCGUCGUGCUCCCCCGGAUUAAUGGCUAUCUCGCAGAGAUUCUCGAAGUCUCCAACUUAACUUUUGUCUUCCAAGGCCCAUGGUUCUCUGGAAUGAACAUGUUGAUCACUGCGGAUCCAGCAAAUGUUCAACACGUUUUCAGUUCCAACUUCUCCAAUUAUGACAAAGGAUCAGAGUUCAAAGAGAUUUUUGACUUUCUAGGAGAAGGAAUCUUCACUGCUGACUCAAAACUCUGGGAAGAGAUGAGGAGAUCCGCACUGGUCAUGCUUAGCCAUCAAGGGUUUCAAAGCUUCUCACUGAAGACCGUCACCAGUAUAAUCAAGAACGGGCUUGUGCCAGUUCUUGAUCAUUUUGCAGAGGUGAAAACAGCUUUCGAUUUACAAGACGUGUUCCAGAGGUUAGCAUUCGAUGUAACCCUAACUCUGGUAACAGGUUACGAUUCCAACACUCUUUCCAUUGAAAUGCCGGAGAACGAGUAUGCGAAAGCUAUGGAUGAUGCUGAAGAAGUAGCUGUGGUUAGACAUGUUAAGCCUAUGCUCUUGUGGAAGCUGCAAAAAUGGUUUGGACUCGGAGAAGAGAAGAAGAUGACAAAAGCUAAUGCUGCUUUUGACAGAUCUUGUGCAAAGUAUAUAGCUGCAAAGAGAGAGGAGAUAAUAAAUCAGAGGAUUCAUCAACACUUUAGUAUUGGAGAAAAAGCUCAUGAUGAGGAUUUAUUAAGCUUCUACAUGAAGUUAGAUACUUCCAAGUAUGAGCUUUUGAACCCAAAAGACGAUAACUUCCUCAAAGACAUCAUCAAGAGUUUCAUGCUUGCCGGAAGAGACGCCAUUGCAACAACUCUCACUUGGUUCUUCUGGCUUCUCUCCAAGAACCCUGACGCUGUGAUCAAGAUCCGUGAAGAGAUCAACACAAAUUCACCACGUUCCGGCAAGAGUUUGGAUCCAGACAAGUUAAACAAGAUGGUAUAUCUACAUGGUGCAUUGUGUGAAGCAUUAAGGCUUUACGCUCCAAUCCCUUUCGAGCGGAAGUCUCCCAUAAAGCAAGAUAUGCUUCCAAGUGGACACAAAGUAGAUGCAAAUUGGAAGAUUCUGUUCUCUGUCUAUGCGUUGGGGAGAAUGAAAGCCGUGUGGGGAGAGGACGCGUGUGAAUUCAAGCCAGAAAGAUGGAUCUCGGAGAGAAAUGGAGGCUUAAAACAUGAACCUUCUUUCAAGUUCUUUGUGUUUAACUCUGGCCCAAGAAAUUGCUUGGGGAAAAAUUUAUCUUUCUUGCAGAUGAAGACAGUGGCUGUUGAGAUCAUACAAAACUAUGACAUCAAGGUCGUUGAAGGGCACAAGAUCGAACCAGCUUCUUCAAUAGUCCUUCACAUGAAACGUGGCCUCAAAGUCACAAUUGCUAAGAGAAGCUUGGUUUCAUAA